AGUGUGGGACAGUGCAAAAUGCUUUCUCGUCUCCUUGGUUCGAGCUUGUGAAGACCAUGCUGAGUAUGUAUCGCGAGGUGACUUGCACAGGAUACUGCACAGCAGAGUGCACAAACCAAGAAGCUUGAAUAGUUGUUGUCGUCUUGCAUGCUCAGCGUAAUUUUUCUGGCUGAACUACACCGGCCUUGUAUCAAAGAAGAACAGAUUCUGGCUAUAGGUUACGGGCCACCUGGAAGUGUUAGCUCCUGUACUAUUUCCUAACAGGUGCCCAGAGGUUACACUGGGUAUCGAGCAGAAUUCCGAUUGGAAUCCUAGUUUUGGAGCUCAUCUACGAGGAAACCUGUUGUGAGGUGCUGUGGAUGGAAUAACAAAGUCAACAAUACUUGUGCAUGUCGGUUUGACAUUUUCUGAUGUCGGCCACGAAGGCCCCGCGUUCGGACGCGUUUAAUAAAAAGGCUGCGAACAAACGCAGUCGCAACCAGCACAGCAGCUCAUUUCUAAUUCAGAAAUGUGUCGAAAUUGAACCUCUUCCUUCCCUCAAAGAUACUCCGGCUGAACAGCGAGAAGCGUUGUUUCUGAGGAAGCUACAACAAUGUUCAAUUAUAUUCGACUUCUCAGAUGCAAUGCUUGAUGUGAAAAGCAAAGAGGUUAAACGUGCCUGUUUGAACGAGCUGAUAGAAUACAUUUCAUGCGAGAAUUCAAUCACGGAGCGAGUGUACCCAGAAGUCAUUCAAAUGGUAUCCCAGAAUAUCCUGCGAACGUUGUCACCGUCAGAUAAUGCAGAUUAUGACCCAGAAGAAGACGAGCCAACGCUGGAACUAGCAUGGCCUCAUCUUCAGCUCGUUUACGAAUUUUUCUUGCGUUUCCUUGAGUCUGGUGAGUUUCAGCCAGCUAUUGCCAAGCGCUACAUCGACCAGAAGUUUGUCCUUCAUCUCCUUGAACUUUUUGACAGUGAGGAUCCUAGAGAGCGGGACCUCCUCAAAACCACAUUACAUCGGGUGUACGGCAAAUUCCUUGGCCUCCGAGGGUACAUUCGGAAGCAGGUCAACAACAUGUUCCUGAGGUUUGUAUAUGAAUCUGAAAGGCUUAAUGGUGUCUCCGAGCUGCUCGAGAUCCUAGGCAGCAUCAUCAAUGGCUUCGCAUUACCACUGAAGGCCGAGCACAAGUUGUUCCUUCAGAAGGUCCUUCUACCACUACAUAUUGUCAAGAGUUUAAAUCUGUAUCACGCUCAGCUUGCAUACUGUGUUGUGCAGUUCGUCGAGAAGGAUGGCGCCUUGACACAGCCAGUUGUGAAGGGUCUUCUGCGGUAUUGGCCAAAGACGAAUAGUGCAAAAGAGGUGAUGAUGCUGGGUGAGAUUGAAGAGAUUCUAGAUGUCAUUGAUCCAGGACAGUUUCCCCAUGUUAUGGAGCCUUUGUUCAGACAAGUUGCUAAGUGUGUCACAAGUCAUCAUUUCCAGGUAGCGGAAAGAGCUCUAUUUCUGUGGAACAACGAGUACAUUGUUAGCUUGAUAGAGGAACACGUCUCUAUCAUUAUGCCCAUCCUCUUCAAUAGUUUGUAUCGGAUUUCUAAGGAGCAUUGGAACCAGAGUAUAGUUGCUCUAGUUUACAAUGUGCUCAAAACGUUCAUGGAAAUGGAUCAGAAGCUUUUCAAUGAGCUAACGGAAGCUUACAAUGAUAAAGUGACGGCGCGCAAUGUAGCAAGUCUGAAGCGACGUGAUCAAUGGGAACGGCUGGAGCUAUUAGCCAGUGAAAAGCGUGCAAAGCUUGCGGAGGCAGAUCCUGAUAUGGACAUUGCUCUAGCAAAGCUUGGUUCCGUGUCGAUUCAGGAGAAGAGCUAAGCGUGAUGUGGCUAGGUGUCAGUUGUUGUGGCAGUAGGAGACAACAUACAGUUUGUGUGUGUGUGUUAUCAUCUCAAGUCUCAUCCAAGCUCUAGCACUAGCUACUUUGUUUUGUUUUUGUCCUCUGUGAGCAUGUGAAGUGUGCACUGAAGUGUGUUGUGCACCCUGUGCGGAUCACUCACUGGUGCCUGGCCCCACAUAUGCCUGCGCUGUGAACAUCGAUGCAGCUGGGUUUCUUUGCGGCGUUGUAAGUGGAUGGCAUCGUUGUCAUAUUGAUCUCCUUCGCCUCAUCUUCUGUGCUCCUUCCUGCUGUCUGCAUGCUGCCGGCAUGCACAAUCGCAGCUGUGCCUCACAACCUCUCCUAGCCUCUCCUGCCUGCUUGACAGAUGGUGGAAAUUGUCAGUGUUAUUGUUGCUAGCAAUCCUUCUUCUUUUUUUGCUGGUAGCAUUUAACCCUGUUCUCCGUUUCCGCUUUCUGUGGCCCGAUGCUGCACUUGUCUUGCUGAGUACCUGCUGCAGAGUAUUUGCAGCGUCACCAAGACCGGCAACUUGUGUUCAUGUUCACCAUCACUGUUCUAUAUUCUAAUAUUUUCCCUCCUUUUCGAAUUGAUGAUCCAACCUGAUCUGAAACUACAAGGAAACGCCCUGUACACUAACUUACAUGCAUAUUUCAUUGUCUCCAUGUCUGGUACUUGGGUUGUAUUCCUAUAUACUCCUGCCUCAAUGACCGUGCAAUUCUACUGAUUUCUACUUAUUGUCGUAUGUGUAUCUAUAAAUGUGCCCAAAUCCCUGGCUCUGCAGUUGCGUUUGAUUCUGAGAGCUUGCUACUACCACUAUUUCCCCCGCGAGCUUCUUAUGUGUUUUUGUCGUAGGAGUCUGAUGGUUUCCUAUAGGUACUUUUUCUGCCCAGUAUCUACUUGCUUUUGGCUGCUGUAGGCUUGGCAAUUUAUUCAUAUGCUCUAUUUGUUUGAUUUUUCCUCUUCUAUGAACUGUAUUAGAGUCUUUCUCCAAUUUUCUUUUCUUUUUUCAUUAUUUGCCAAUGUAACAGUACUCAUGCUACGCCGCUGAGCCCUGUACAUUGUGAGCUACUGCUGCGACUACUAGUAUUCUGCGUGGUAUGUUUGUAUUGUUGCCUUGCGCUAUGAUGAUGAUGAUGAUACCAUCUGCAUCCUCUGCUGGAAUUUCUUGAAUUCAAUUAUCGGAAGUUUCUCGUUGGAACAGAGAAAGACACUCA